AUAAAUAUUACUUUACAAAAUGUAUUUUACAUCAUUGUCGUUUUGACAACUACAAGAUGAAAUUCUUAGCUUUGUUUAUUGUUGUUUUGGCUUUAAUAGCCUGUGCCUUGGGCAAUCCAAAUCCUAAUCCUUUGCCAAAUCCUAAACCAAGUCCUGGCGGUGGCGGAGGAGGUGGCGGUGGAGGCGGUUCCUUCGGAGGCGGUGGUGGUGGCGGCGGAGGUGGUGGUGGCAAGUAAAACCAUACCCCCACAUAGUAUUUGAUGAUAUUGUACUUUAAUGAAUAAAAAAAAAACAAAAUUUCAA